GCAGGAAGCCGGAAGCGGCCGGGGCGCUGGGCAGGCCGGCGGGAGGCGGCUGGUGAGAAAGAAAACUGAUCAAAGAGCAAAGAUGCAGAGCACUUCAAAUUACCUCUGGCUGUUGUCUGACAUUCUAGGACAGGGAGCUACUGCAAAUGUUUUCCGGGGGCGACAGAAGAAAACUGGGGAUUUAUAUGCUGUCAAAGUAUUUAACAGUAUAAGUUUCCUUCGUCCAGUGGAUGUUCAGAUGCGAGAGUUUGAAGUAUUGAAGAAACUAAAUCAUAAGAACAUUGUCAAAUUGUUUGCCAUUGAGGAAGAGACAACUACUAGACACAAAGUACUAGUUAUGGAAUUUUGUCCGUGUGGGAGUUUGUACACAGUUUUAGAGGAGCCGUCUAAUGCCUUUGGUUUGCCGGAGUCUGAGUUCUUAAUUGUUUUGAGAGAUGUGGUGGCUGGGAUGAAUCAUCUCCGUGAGAAUGGAAUAGUGCACCGUGACAUCAAGCCAGGCAAUAUAAUGCGUGUUAUAGGUGAAGAUGGGCAGUCUGUUUACAAACUUACAGAUUUUGGUGCAGCAAGAGAACUUGAAGAUGAUGAACAAUUUGUUUCCCUCUAUGGCACAGAAGAGUAUUUACAUCCUGAUAUGUAUGAGCGAGCAGUUUUAAGAAAAGAGCAUCAGAAAAAGUAUGGAGCAACAGUUGAUCUGUGGAGCAUAGGGGUGACCUUUUACCAUGCUGCAACAGGGAGUUUGCCUUUCCGACCUUUUGAAGGACCUCGUAGAAACAAGGAAGUGAUGUAUAAAAUACUCACUGGAAAGCCUUCUGGUGCUAUUUCUGGAAUACAGAAAGCAGAAAACGGACCUAUUGAGUGGAGUUGGGAGAUGCCUAUUUCUUGUAGCCUUUCAAAGGGUCUGCAAGUACUGCUCACACCUGUCCUUGCGAAUAUUCUUGAAGCAGACCAGGAAAAAUGCUGGGGAUUUGACCAGUUUUUUGCAGAGACGAGUGACAUACUACACCGAAUAAUAAUCCACAUCUUUUCAUUGCAGCAGAUGACCUUGCACAAAGUUUAUAUUCACAACUAUAAUACAGCUGCUAUAUUUCAUGAGUUGGUCUACAAACAGACAAAAAUACCGUCUCAGAAUCAAGAACUGAUAUAUGAAGGUCGGCGCUUAAUACUAGAGCCUGGCAGAUUGGCACAGCACUUCCCCAGAACAACUGAGGAGAAUCCUAUCUUUGUAGUAAGCAGGGAGGCUGUGAACAUUGUUGGAUUAAUCUAUGAGGAAGUUUUACUUCCUAAAGUACAUCAACGUUAUGAUUUGGAUGGGGAUGCCAGUAUGGCUAAAGCAGUGACAGGUAUUGUAUGCUAUGCCUGUAGAGUUGCCAGUUCUUUGCUACUUUACCAGGAGCUGAUGCGAAAAGGAAUUCGAUGGCUAAUUGAAAUAAUCAAGGAUGAUUACAAUGAAAUGGUGCAUAAAAAGGCAGAGAUUGUCAUCAGGCUGGAUUUCUGCAGCAGAAACAUUGAGAAAGCUGAGAAAAUAUAUGAGAAUUUGAUGCAGAUCAACUUGGAAGCAUCAGAAGUGGAUGAAAUUUCAGAGAUACACACAAAACUCUUGCGUCUCUCCAGUUCUCAGGGCACCAUAGAAACUAGUCUGCAAGAUAUCAAAACAAAACUUUCUCCUGGUGGUUUACUGGCUGACACCUGGGCAAAUCAGGAAGGCAUGCAUCCAAAAGACAGAAAUCCAGAAAGGCUGCAGGCACUGCUGUCUUCCAUCACAGACAUCUACUAUCAGUUCAAAAAAGACAAAGCAGAACGAAGGCUUCCUUAUAAUGAAGAACAAAUACACAAGUUUGACAAGCAGAAGCUGUAUUUGCAUGCUACAAAAGCCAUGGCUCUUUUCAAAGAUGAGUGUGUCAGCAAGUAUGAGACAUUUUUGGACAAAGCUGAGGACUGGACAAGGAAAAUGCUUCACACAAGGAAGCAAUUACUGGCUCUCACCAACCAGUGUUUCGGUAUUGAAGAAGAGGUGUCCAAAUACCAGGAUUAUAUAAAUGAGUUACAAGAUGCCCUGCCACAGAAAAUGUUUGCAGCUUCCAGUGGGAUGAAACAUACAAUGAAUACAGUCUAUCCAAGCUCGAACACAUUAGUAGAAAUGACUCUUGGGAUGAAGAAACUAAAGGAGGAAAUGGAAGGUGUUGUUAAAGAGCUGGCUGAAAACAAUCACAUUUUGGAAAGAUUUGGUGCUUUGACUAUGGAUGGUGGCCUGCGGAACAUGGACUGUAUCUAGCUUCCAAAGGACCUGAAGAGGACUUGUAAAUUUUUUCAAAGGGAAAUGUUGGGACAGUUAAAAUCAGAUAAUAAAUCUGUAUCCAGGAUUUUUUUUUCUCUUCAACAAGUGUAAUAUUAAAGAAAAUGUAAAUAUGUAAAAUAUGUAAAUACAAAAGAAACAUAUAUCUUUUCUUGGUCACUUUUAGGAUAGAAUAACUUCUGGCAGGGAAUUGAGCCCCUUGGAGGAUUUCUGAGGAGUCCUAAAGGGAAAAGUAUUGUUGAUGAAAUUGACAUUUGUCUACUUUGAAUAUUGCUCUUUUUUUUCAGAAUGCAAUUUAGUCUUCAUUGCAAGAGGACUUGCAGUACUCCAAAACACCCUUGUAUAAAGGGUGUUUUGGAUUUCCUUCAACAACCACUAUUAUGUAGGAGUCUAGCUGAAUGACUUUGAUCAUCACAGAACAUGAUGAAUAUUUUAAAUGAGUGUGAAUAGAGACUAAGAGUGCAGAUAGGACAGAACAGAAAUGCAUUUCUCUUUCCUUCACAUCUAAACUGUUAGUUCACUUCUACUUGAGAAAGCAAAUUCACAAUAUUUUUUUAAGUUCUCUAAAUAUUUGAUGCCAUGUUGUCUGUAAUCAUUUGACUGCUUAGUGUAUGGAAGUUUUGCACUCCAGCUUGUCAGAAUUAAUGUAAAAAUUCAUUUUUUGGAGUACAGCAUUUUCAGACUUCCCUGAAAUCUUGUUGCUCACCACAACAGUGGGUACUUAAAACAGCUGCUUCUUAAUCUUAUUUGCAGAUAUAAUUUUUUUAAAGAUUUAAAAAUUUGAUAUGAGAAGAAUUAGUGGGCGGUCAGGAGACAGGAUAGUAUCACACCUCAGUAGUAACUGAAUAGUGGAAAAUAAGCUACCAGUCUAGAUCUUGAAAAGGGGCCACUCCCACUGCUGCAUUACUACUGAGAUACCAAACUUUGAUGGACAAUUUAGUAAGACUGUAUAUUUAUUUUCCAGCAUCAAUAGUUACUACUUUCAGUAGAUGAUUGGAAUGCAGAUAUGCAGAGUAAAACAUUCUGCUUCAAAAUACAUAGGAGAAAGAGAACAGGAAAACAAAAAUUCUGAAAACAGCCCUUUGUUUGGAAGCUACAGAUGUACAUACUUGUUUCAGAUAAGCAUGCAAAUAUUACAAAACUUGUUCCUUCCUUGUGGAAACAUGGUCAUGGAUGUUCAGUGGUGUCCAAUAGCACUUCUCAUUGCUGCAUUACACUUGUAAGAGCUGGACCAACUAUAUUUAGAAUUUUCCAUAAUUACUGGUGGAACAUUUAGAUGUAAACUAAACAACAUCGACCAGUGAUAGCAUUUUGUGAUGCUUAUUCCCUGCUUAUCUGUCCAGGUCAGAGCACAAAACAUUUUCAUUUCUUUUUUAGAAAAUAUUUGGAGAGAAACUUAAAAAAUUUAUAAAUGAGUAUUUAAUUUUAAAAGAAAAGGAAAUUUGCUUGCCUUGAUGUCCAAGAUCUGCAUUCCAGUGUUCUUAGUGAGAAUCAAAAAAGGGAAUUCAGACAUUUUUACACUUAUGUGAGCAGCUUCUGUCUUUGUCACCCAGAAAAUCUAGCUAUGCAAAAGGAGUGCAACAGUUUGUCAGGCAUCUUUCCUUGGCAUUCUUUAACAGUUUUAAAUACUGGAAUUAUGUGUAACUGGAAUGUUUUAAUGCCUGCUUGUACAUUUGGUCAUUAACAUUCAGUCUCACUGAGUAUCAGUAAAACACAUGACUGAAUGUUAAAAGAAUUGGGCUCUCUAGAUGUGCAUAAACUGUAUUUUGUUUCCAACAUUAUAACACUUCGUUGUUUCAAAGUUCUUCAUCUUGAGAGAAAUCAAACGCUAGGUGGAAUAUAUAAUUUUCAACUUCCUUAUACUGAAGCAGUCUGAAAAAAAAAGUUAAUUGUAGUAGAAGUAUAGUCUGUAUGUUGAAAUAUGUGCAGCAUUCUUUUACAUGAUUGAAUUUUUUUUUAUAUUUUAUGUUCAUUUUAAGCAUUGCUGGCAUUCUUGUUGAAUACAUCAGUAGUCUUAACCAUGUUAAAAUUUCUUUUUCUAAAGCAAUUUUAACAAAGCAGUAGCUAAGGAACUUGAAGUAAUCAGUUCACAAUCUUCUGAUUACGUUAUUAUGAAGCAAAUAAUUUUUCAAGUCAAAGCAUAGUGUACAGUGCCAUCAACUUUUUGCUCAAACUAAGUGUCCUGAUGCUAUGAAUCUUGCUAUUGAUUUGCCAAAAUAAGUAAUAGAAAGUAAUAUAUGGUUCUUCUUCCUGAAGCUGGUUUACUGGUUUGGGGGGUUUAGCUGAAUAUAUUAAUUAUCUGUUACUUGAACCAAUCUGUCUUCGUAUGAAUUGUGAAAAUGCAUGAGUGAACAGCUUAAUGGCAUAAAUACAUCAUCAACCACUUAUUGUACAGUGUGUACUUCUGCCUUUUCAUAAUUUAAUUUUCUGUUAAUUUCAGGAUUGCCUUAUGAGGUUUAUUUCCUUGUAAGCACAGCAGAGAGCCUGAAACAUGAAGUUGCAAAUCGCAGCUCAGUUUGCAUUAUCCAGCUGUUGAGAAAAUGUGCCCUGCACAACAGAAUAACUAGCAGAGGCAAUAUGGUAGAGCCACUAAUUCUUCUAAUUGUUUUUUAACUACUUGGUUGACAUGUGUUCUGAACUACAUUAGUUAUUUUAAUGCUGGUAAAAUUCCUAGUCUCUGCUCAGUCUGAAAUUGUUCACUGGUAGAGCUCAAUCAGUUCUAAUGCUGUCAAUCACUGUAGAAGUGUUAAUUGUAGAACAGUUCUGGAUAGUC